UGAUAUUGGGAAAUCUACAACACCAACUCAACUCAACUCAAACUCACUCCUAGUAACUCAGGACUCUCAACAAAUCCCCCCUCUCUCUCUUAGGGUUUAUAUAUAUAAUGUAUGUAUGUAUCUCUCCUUAGAAACCUCACUUGAUCUCUCUCUCCUCUCUCGCACCAACUAAUUCUCGAGCAUUGUUAAGAUGCCAUUCUCAUAAGCUUCGAUUCAAUGGCGGUUACUCCCACACCCCCCUUCAAUGCCCUCCGCCUAGACCUAUCUAAUCAUCACCGCCGCCAGUUUGAGUUCGUUGAGCUCAAGAAGCGCCGCAAGUUGAGUCAGUCUUCGUGGAUCAAGUGCUCUGCUUCUGCUGAUAGACCUGCUGUGAUACGACAUCGUAAAUUGAGCAAGAAGCCGGAAGAGUGGCCGUUUCAUCCCAAGAAUAGUACUGUUUCUCGGAGAUUUCCGAUUCAUCUUACCCCUGCAUUGCCAUUUGCGUCUUCUCGAUCUCGCCUUUCUUCAAAACAAGAGAAAUUCUUCCCCCGUUGUACCCCAAGAAAUUCAGGUCCUCAGUCCCGUGAUACCCCUCCUAAAAGAGAUACUGGUAUAGCCAAUGAGAAGGACUGGGGAAUUAGUCUGAAUGAACAUGUGAACGAGGUUGGCACUAACGAAGAUGGCAGUACCUGGUACCGUGAAAGUGGCGAAGAUAUUGGUGAUAAUGGGUACAGGUGUAGAUGGGCAAGGAUGGGUGGUCAAAGCCACGAUGGCUCCUCUGAAUGGAAAGAAACGUGGUGGGAGAAAAGUGACUGGACCGGAUAUAAAGAGCUUGGUGUGGAGAAAUCUGGAAGAAAUGCUGAAGGGGAUUCAUGGUGGGAAACAUGGCGAGAAGUUCUUCACCAAGAUGAAUGGAGUAAUCUUGCUAGAAUAGAAAGGAGUGCACAGAAACAAGCAAAAUCUGGAACAGAAAAUGCCGGUUGGUAUGAGAACUGGUGGGAGAAAUAUGAUGCUAAAGGAUGGACUGAGAAAGGGGCACAUAAGUAUGGUAGACUGAAUGAACAGUCAUGGUGGGAGAAAUGGGGAGAGCAUUAUGAUGGAAGAGGAUCCGUUUUAAAAUGGACAGACAAAUGGGCCGAGACUGAAUUGGGAACUAAAUGGGGAGACAAAUGGGAGGAGAAGUUCUUUGCUGGCAUCGGUUCUCGUCAAGGGGAGACCUGGCAUGUAUCUCCUACUGCUGAACGUUGGUCGCGGACUUGGGGAGAAGAACACUUCGGGAACGGCAAAGUGCACAAAUACGGCAAGAGCACAACAGGCGAGAGCUGGGAUAUUGUAGUAGAUGAAGAGACUUACUAUGAGGCUGACCCCCAUUACGGAUGGGCGGAUGUUGUUGGAGACUCCUCCCAGUUGCUUUCUAUCAGUCCCCGGGAAAGGCCACCAGGUGUCUUCCCAAAUCUUGAUUUCGGGACUUCUCCAUCACCUCCAAACGAUGAUGAGCCGGAGUUGCCUUCUUCACCCCGAUGACAUUUUUGAAAUCCAAUUCAAGUACAUUUGUAAUAGAUGGUAUAAAAUCAUUAUGGAACUCCAUUUCUAUGGUUGAAGGAAAAAACCUGCCAAAAUACAUUUAUUUAUUCAUUUAGACAGUAGGAAUUGCUUUA